UUGUCUCAUAUCUUUCACCUUCCCCUCCUCUCUCUCUCAAAUCUUUUCAGGCACAACUAAAUCGAAUCAUAAACACUUAAAAGCAUAACUACUAAAACUUCCGAUCAGUAAACCGACCAUAGAUUCUUGGGCUCUUCUCUCUUACAGAUUCUGAUCCGUUAUAGUUGUUUCAAAUCUUUUCUUUUAUAUAAUAUCAGACUCCUUUUUCCUCUCUUCCUCUAUCUCGGAAAUUAGGGUUCUUCUGUGAAAAUACUUAGCGAAAAAAUGGGAGUUGAAAAAAUGGUGUGUUUGGUUUCUCGCACUGGUCGUCAGUUUCAGAGAUACAACAAAGGUCGUCGUCAAGUCGUCGGAUGUAUUCCGUACAGAUUCAAGUUAUCAAGCGAUGGAAAAAUUAGUGACGAGGUAGAAGUUCUUGUUAUCUCUUCUCAAAAAGGUCACGCCAUGAUGUUCCCUAAGGGUGGUUGGGAGCUUGAUGAAUCUGUAGAAGAAGCUGCAUCAAGAGAGUCUCUUGAAGAAGCUGGAGUUCUUGGCAACGUUGAGCAUCAAUUAGGAAAAUGGGACUUUUUGAGCAAAAGCAGAGGAACAUACUAUGAAGGACUAAUGUUCCCUAUGCUUGUUACAGAACAACUUGAGCUGUGGCCUGAACAACAUGCUAGGCAAAGAAUCUGGAUGAACGUAGUAGAAGCCAGAGAAGCCUGUAGAGAUUGGUGGAUGAAAGAAGCUUUAGAUGUUUUGGUUGCGAGACUCUCAUCACCAAUGAUUCAACCAAAGGAAGAGAAGACUCUUUCCAUCUCUAUUGAAACAAUGUGCUGAUGACUGCUGACUGUGAUGGGAGUUUUGGACUAGUGUGUCUCUGUAGAUACGUAAUAGAUGGGUUUCAAUUAGUAUUGAGACAGCUGAAGAUCAAAACAAAUGCAGAGCGGGAAAACAAUAAUUAUGAGUAGAUUUUUAGGUUUAAUUUGGAGCAAAAAAAUUAUCAUGUGAUUUAACAAGUCUUGUAUGUCGUGUGUUAUAAUGUUUCUGCAAGAUUUGAUUAAAGAGACCAUGAAGAGUUACGAACCUAUACAAAGAGUGCAAGCAAAAACUGUACAACUGUGUUUCCCUCUGUUUAUGUUUUUCAUCUCUCUUUGAACUUGCAAUGGGAACACUUGAUUUCAUGCUGA